UUUUUCCUUCUUUCAGUUUUUAUAUAAAGAAAUAAACAAAUAAUAACAACCAAUCACUAUUUUGAUGGAUCCAGAGCUUCACUACAUGUCAAUAGACAGUAUACCAUAUUAUAACAAUCUUUCGGCAUGAUACUAAAUCAUGGUUUGAAUAAUGGUACGAUAUUCCCUACAGUGGUUCAUGACCAUCCCGAACGGGGAAUAGCUGGAUUUGUAUCGAAAUUAUACCAAUGUCUACAGGAUAACGAACAUAAUUAUGCUCGCUGGUGUAAACAUAAUGGCAUUGAUAUGUUUAUAAUAGACUGUAUACCAGAGUUUACAGAAAUAGUGCUGCCAAAAUUGUUUAAGCAUUGUAAAUUUGCUUCAUUUGUCAGACAGUUAAAUAUUUAUGGUUUUCAAAGGGAUACAGAUGCACGCAAGUCCAAGGAUGGCAGAGAUAGAGACUCUUGUAGAUGGUAUCAUCCAUACUUUAAACCAGGUCGUCGUGACCUCUUCCAUUUGAUACGUCGAAAACCACCUCGAUAUUCUCGAGGAAAGCGAAGACGACCUGAAAAUGACGUGGAUACGGUACUGAAUGUAUCAGAAGAUGAAGUACUUACAAACAAUGAAAAUGAAAGGCGGAACUCUGUCUCCUCAGUCUCCUCCUCUUCCGUGACCCUGCAUUCGACUGCCCCUCAGCAGAUUAGUCGUGAGGGAUCACAAGAUACCCGUUUGCCUCAAGAUCUGUUCAUGUCAUCGUCGUCCUCAUCUAUCCUUACUCCUACUUCAACUAUUCAGCCAGAGCUAUAUUACACGUAUACCAAACCUGGAUAUGAUCUCGCACUUUAUAAUCAAUCACUAUUACAAGAAGAAUAUGAAAUUUAUCCAAUUUAUCUACAGCAAGAUUAUGUACAAAUAACCCCCUUAUCCACCCUAUCCUUCAAUUAUCGAAAAUAACCUUACAACCCAUCCAUCGGUUGAGUCCAGCCGUUUGACUCCUCAAUUGACAGAUAUGAUGAACCCCGUUACGCCUUU